AUGAUUCAGGAGGACCCAAAUGGACCUCUCUACAUUCCAAGUGAUCCAGUGAUGGCGAGAAUCGGUGGCAAGACAAAUGAGAGACUCUGUCGCACGACAAAUGAGAUGCUCUGUGGCAAAACAAAUGUGAGAUACGACAAUAUCUUUUUCACGUCAUUCUAUGCUGCGGACAUCGGACGACAGCCUCUUCAAUUUCAGGGCAAAAAGAUUGGCUACAUUGUCCAUGCUCAUUGCUGGGUGCUCUUUGAGCGAGUCCUAGGAACAAAAUUGACGCAGCGCAAUUUAACAAAAUUGAUACCAGCUUCCCGAAAAUAUUGGCACAAGAACAAAUUAUGGCAGCUAGCGGACUACAAUCUUCAUUUGGUCGAGCCGACUCAGUUUCUACCGAUUCUUGAGCUUGGCUAUGAUAUUUACCAAAAUCCCCUCGCUAUACCCGCGGUUCAGAAAGCGUUUGAAGUUGCUAAAGUCGAAGCCGAACGUCCCAACUUUUGCUCCAGGAAAAUCAGCUUUCCAUUGGAAAUUUCUCUUCUCAUCUCUGAGUGGGUGUGCCCUGUCAACCAUACUGGGCACGAUAUCAAGAACAUCAAGAAUAUGCUGUUGACAUUUCAGUGGAAGUUGCCGGAGUUCUUCUGGCGGGUAAGAUUGAGUGAAGACUAG